AUGCGGUACAGUGUGUCGGAGUUUGGGUUCGGCAUCGGGAGCGGUGACGUGGCCUUCUCCGGCGGCGGGGACUUGUGGAUUGACGACGUCUCGCUCCGGCUUGAGGCGUUGCAGGGCGGCAGGGGUGGUGCGGGAGGUCCUCUGGGCUGCGGUGGCACCCUCGCCCUCACGCAGUUGAAUCUGACGGGCUAUUACCACGGCCUGGAGUUCCUCUUUGUCGGUGACGGUGUCAUGCGCCCAGACGUGCCAGGGUUCGCGUGCGAUGGCUACGAGACUCUCUCCACCGAUCCGCUCGAGUCGGGCUGGCGGUGGGAUGGCUCGGGCGAUCGGCCUCCAGGAUUGCGCUCCGAGGUGAUGAGCACUUUGAGCGAGGCGUGUCGCAACCCGUCCGUCCUCGAGCGCUUGACAGGCCGCUGCCUCUUUGUCUCCGCAUGGCCCGCUGCAGUGCUUCACUCGCCGGCAUUGCUCGCGGGACCGCUUUUGUUUGGCGCUCUUGGAGCCUGCUUGUUGACCUACUGCAUCUGCUGCUGCCGCCGUCGCCGCCGCACCUCUUUCCGGCGGACAAAGGGCGUUGGCCCGAAGGCGCUGAGUUACGGCCGAAAGGAGGCCCGGAUGGCAGGCGUGGGCGCCCAAACCGAAGAAGGCCUGGCGUCUUACCGGCAGUACGAGCAGAUCGGUUGCGGUGCCUUCUCCGCUGUCUUCAAGGCGCGGAAGAGGCAGUCGAUCGAGGCAGUCGCGCUCCGGCGCGUGCACAUGUGCCGCCAGGAGAAGCUGCUAGCGGAGGUGCGAGCGCUCCGCGAGAUGUCGCAUCCGAACCUGCUCGCUCUCCACGGCUGGUACAAGACGGACAACCACUUUUGGGUGGUCUGUGAGUACUGUCCUGGCGGUGAUCUCGCCGCGGUGAUCGCGCACGACGGCGCCUUGCCUGAGCCAACCAUCGUCUCAUUUGGGCUCGACGCCCUCGCCGCCGUGGCGCACGUGCACGGCCGCGGCUUCGUUGCCGUCGACCUCGCCCCUCGUUCGUGGAUGAUCUCCGGCUGUGGCUUGCUCAAGCUCUCCGAUCUCGGCGCCUCGCGGCACCUCACAGAGGCGGGCGGCCUUAGAGGCGGGCGAGCCCUCGGCCCUGCACGCCCGCCAACACCCUGCCCGCCUGCAACACCUCAGGCGGCCGCGCCGCCGCCGGAUGCGCUCCUGUCGUCGCUCUCGCAGGGCUACCCCGCCUCGUACCUCGCUCCAGAGCUCUUGCGGCAGCGCGAGGCCGAGGAGCCGCCGCCGGUCUUCUCGCACGCCUCCGACUUUUGGUCGCUCGGCACCCUCCUCUACCACUUUGCCACCGGCGCGCCGCCGCCGCACCCGCCUCCGGCCGUGCUGCAGCGGCCGCCCCUCGCCUCGGCGGAGCUCGUCUCGCUGGUGAGCUGGCUGCUCGAGCCGCACCCGCUGCGGCGGCCCCGCUGGGAGGAGCUGCGCACGCACGCGCUCUGGUGCGGCUGCCUCGAGCCACACGCAGUGCCGAUCCCGUUCGAGCCCCUCUUCGAGCAGUGGAAGGAGGCGCUGCGAUCCGAGAGGAGAGGCUCACUCCUGCGGGGAGAGGCUCACUCCUGCGACUCGCCUCGCGCCGACCCGCCCCGCACGGACCCGCCCGGCCAUGACGCCGCGGGGGAGGGGGGCGGCCAGAGUGCCGUGCGGCAGGCUCGCGAGGCGACCUCGCCGACGGAGGGCCCGUCGAGCGGGCGGAGAUCGCAGCCCCGAUCGCAGCCCCAAGGGUCGCAGCCCCAGCCUUCCGCUGCGGAGACGCGGCGGCAGCGGGCGGCAGGCCGCGACUCCGCAGGCCGCGACUCUGCAGGCCGCGACUCCCCCGCGACCGCCGCCCUCUGCCGCCGGCGCCGUUGCGUGGUCUCCAUCUCAGGGGAGGCGCAGGAGCCGACGCCGCCGCUCCCGGUCGAGGGGAAGGAGAAGGAGAACGAGGCUGCACAGGGGCCAGCGGCGGGGGGCUCGCUGAGAGGAGACGGCGGCUGGCCGGCUGCGGGGAGCGCAGCUGUCGCGGCGGCGGAGGAGGCCGCUCGAGCCUCCCUGCCCGCGCGGAGGGAGCUCGAGGCGAGUGCCGUCGCAGAGCGAGCCGCCGCGUGCGCUGCUGCGGCGGCGGAUUGCGCCGUGCUCCGCGAGUGCGCGAUGGCGGAGGCGCGGGACGCGAUGCGCGACGCGGCGCUGCUCGCCUUGCAGCCUUGGGAGUGGGAGGUGCAGCCGAUAGCGCUGCACCCCUCCAUCGAGCCCCCCUCCGACGAGGCGCUCGAGUCCUUCGACCCGCGCGCAUUGCCGUUCACGCCUCAUUCCGCCGCGGAGCUGCGGGCAAUGGACAGCGCUGGCGUGGAGGCGGCUCUCGGCCCCGUCGCUCGUUCGCUCGGAGGGGCGGGCGUGGGCGCCGCGGAGAAGGCAAACACGCUGCUGUACUGCGAGUCGAUUUCCACCGAUGCGCGGAUGGCAACGGCGUUGCUUAACGGUGCCAUCGGCGCGCUGGCUGCGCGCGAGCUGCGGAGCGCCGGCUCGGCGACUCUGAGGCUGCGGCUCGUCACUCUCCUCGCGCUGCUCCUGCGGAACGCGACCCUCCUCGACGCGGCAUUCUGCCACGAGCUGCUGAUGCCGAGCCUGAUCGCGGCGCUGCAGCAACGGGCAGCCACCGAGCGGGCUGCGAGGGUGCGCCGUCGCGCCGCGGCCGCGCUGGGCGAGGCGGUCUACUAUUCCGCCGCCGUGCACCAGGACCACGCUUCCGCCAAGCCCGCCGAGUCGAGUGGCGGCGCCGAGUCGAGUGGCGGCGCAUGGGUGGUGCCCGAAGCGGCGCUCGUGGCGCUGGUAGCGGCGCUCCGCGAGGACGACUGGCAGACCGCUGCGUACGCGGCCAAGACG